CCUCACUGUAUUAACCUGGAGUACACUCUCCACAACCUAACUCCACAGAGGGGCUCUGUUUUUAAUCCAGUAAUAUCUUGUUAGGAUUUCAUGAAAGAUCAUUUUGUCUGUAUCUUGCUUAUAAUCUUCUGGAGGAUCUGAAUCUGUUAUACAGGAGAUGCUAUCAAGCAGAAGUAAGCAGGAUUUGGAGAAUGGAGAUCUUGAAUGUUCAGGAGUGACCGUAAGGGUCCCAGUUGAGAUGCAGUGUGAAUUUGGGCAAAAUACAGAGACAAAACUAAAGCAAAUAAAAGCUCACUGUGUGGAGAACACCACUAUCACAGAGCACUACUACGACACUGACAACUUCCUACUGGCCUCCACUCAGACCUGGCUGACUCAACAGGACGGACACUGGAGACUGAUCCUGGAACAGAGACAAAAUGAAUCAGAAAAGAACUCUAACACAGGGGACGAGGACAAAAUAAGAGAAAACCAAUCACCAUCAGAAAGGUCAGACAAAACACAACAAAAAGAGCGAGUUUUAGAAUUACAGAAUGAAGGUCUGCCUGAAGCCUCGAGUCAGACAGUUCUGAGCCCAGCUGAAGAUUCAUGUUCUUCUGUAGUUUGGACUGAACCAGUUUACACAGCGCUGACAGACCCCAGCUCCAUCAUUACACAGCUUUCCCAGUCUCUACCAGAGACCCAAACCCAAACACAGAACCUCACCAUACAGAGCUUUCUGGAAGCUGCCAAAAUCCAGAUAUACCACCGUCAGAUCAGGAGCAGGACGGUGAGGUACUCGUUGAAUAGCCGUUGCUCACUGGUUGUGAAGACAAUCUUCAACAGUCCUGAAGCAGCUUCCUCUGCUGUUCUGACCCUGAACGCUGAUGUGCUGAAUAUUAACACAGAGCUGGAGAAAAUGGACAGGAUGUGCACACAGCUAGACCUCAAGAUCAAGCAUCAAGUCAAACCAGACCUGCCACCAUAACUAUAUGUAUUGUCCCAGAAAUAACUUUUAUUUACAAAAUUAUUGUUAUUUUAAGAGAAUUUUUGCCACUGAUAUAAAGAUCAUAUGUUAUCCACAUUUCUUUUCAGUUUUGAUCCAAUUUUCAUACUCAACUGCAGAUUUACAACUGAGACAAAUUCCAAUAGGAGAGUUCUUUUCACAUUAAUAUUUCUGAUAUUGUGGACUCAACUUCUUUGGUCAACCCUGCUGUAUGGCUUUGGCCCCUGUGCUGUAUCUCAGUUUUAGGGUGUUAGCAAUCUCCUUAUAGCCUAGGCCAUCUUUAUGUAGAGCAACAAUUCUGUUUCUCACAUCCUCAGAGAGUUCUUUACCAUGAAGUGCCAUGUUGAAUAUCCAGUGGCCAAAAUGAAAGAAAUUGAACCCAGAACACCACAUUUAUCAGGCCUCCUUCCCAUUCACACCUGAGACCUUGUAAGAUGAAUAAGUGACAUGGCACUGGGGAAAGAAAAUAGCUGAUUAGGCACAAUUUGGCCUUUUUCACUAAGGGGUGUACUCAUUUUUGUUGCCAGUGGUUUAGACAUCAAUGGCUGUGUAUUGAGUUAUUUUGAGGUCACAGCAAAUUUAUACUGUCAUACAGGCUGUACACUGACAACUUUACAUUGUGACAAAAGUGUCAUGUGUUCAGUGUACUCCUAUAAAAAGGUACAAUAAAAUAUUUACAGAAAUGAUGAGAGUACUCACUUUUGUGAGAUAAUGUAUACCUAUCGAAAUUAAGAAGUAUAUUGUGAUAUAAUUUUUGGUCAUAUUGUCCAGCACUUUUUGGUAGACAGCGGAAUUUAUGGUUCCAUUUAUCACAGCAACUCUUCCAGGUCAUGAAGCACCAAAACAGCCCCAGACCAUCACACUACCACUGCCAUGUUUUACUGUGGGUAUUAUAUUCUUUUUCUGAAAUGCGGUGUUACUUUUAUGCCAGACAUAAUGGGACCCAAACCUUACCAAACUCUCGUCAGUCCAUAGAUUAUUUUCCCAAAAAUCUUGUGAACCAUCAAGAUAUUUUCUGGCAAAAUUGAGACAAGCCUUAAUGUUCUUUUUGCUUAGUAGUGAUUUUCAUCUUGGCUGCCAUACAGGCCAUUUUUGCCCAGUCUCUUUCUUAUAGAGUCAUGAACGCUGCUGACUGAGGUAAGUGAGGCCUGUAAUUCUUUGGCUGUUGUUGUGGGGUCUCGUGUGACCUCUUAGAUGAGUAAUUGCUGCACCCUUGGGGUAACUGUGGUCAGCCAGCCACAACUGCGAAGGUUCACCCAUGUUUCUUUGCCUUUUAUUACAUUAAUUAAGUAUUAGAUCACCACUCAACCAGCAAGAUUUCUGGCUCUCACAGACCUGUUCGGUUUUUCUUUAAGAAGCUUUGAUAUUCAUUAACUGCACCUGUUUGAACUCGUUACUUGUAUAAAAGACACCUGUCCACACAAUCAUGCUUCAACCUCCCCACCAUGGCCAAGACCAAAGAGCUGUCUAGAAAAUUAAAUACUUUAAUUCUUUUACUUAAGUGUGAUCCUUAAAGAACACUUCAACUUCUACUCAAUGCACUUUUUGAUAGAACACUUUUACUUUUACUCAGGUCUGGUUCUCUACCACUUCAUACAUGUCUGUAGGCUUCACCAGGAUGAUUUUCUGCACAUAAUCAAACAUUGCAGACAUUGGUCAGUUUAGUAUGUGUUACACUGUGAGGUACUGAAAGGCCGGCUUCU